AUGGUGUCUGCCUCCAAAGCCGCUCGUUUGGCAAAGCGUGCCGCCGAUGGCGACAAGAAGAAGGCCACUAAGGGCAAGAAGGACGACCCCGUCGUCGACGGUGAGGCCGGCGAUGACCAGCCUGCCACCACCGACGAGAAGAUGAAGGAGGUUGAGAAGUUGACUGCUCAGAUGGACAAGCACGGUCUCUCCGAUCGUGUCACCACCGGUGUCCUCGCCUCUCUGCCCUCCUCUCGCGACGUCAAGGUCACUUCCGCCUCCCUGGUGUUCCACGGAAAGGUUCUUAUUACCGACUCGACUCUCGAACUGAACUUCGGUCGUCGUUAUGGUCUCCUCGGUGAGAACGGCUGCGGAAAGUCUACCAUCCUCAAGUCUAUCGCCACUCGCGAAUACCCCAUCCCCGAGCACAUUGAUAUCUACCUUCUGAACGAGGGUGCCCCUCCCAGUGAGCUCGGUGCCCUUGAGUGGGUUGUCACCGAGGCCCAGAACCAGCUCGACCGCAUGGAGAAGCAGGCCGAAGAACUCCUCGAGACUGAGGGUCCUGACUCUCCUAUCCUCGAGGAUCUGUACGACCGUAUGGACAAGAUGGAUCCCUCGACCUUCCACACCCGUGCCUCCUUGAUCUUGACCGGUCUGGGUUUCAACAAGCAGACCAUCCACAAGAAGACCAAGGACAUGUCUGGUGGUUGGCGUAUGCGUGUGGCCCUUGCCAAGGCCCUCUUCGUCAAACCCUCCCUGCUUCUGCUUGACGACCCCACCGCUCACUUGGAUCUCGAAGCUUGUGUGUGGUUGGAAGAAUACCUCAAGAAGUGGGAGCGUACCCUGAUCCUCGUCUCCCACUCCAUGGACUUCCUGAACGGUGUCUGCACCAACAUGAUCGACAUGCGCAUGAAGCAGCUCCUCUACUACGGUGGUAACUACGACUCUUACCACAAGACUCGCGCCGAACAGGAGACGAACCAGAUGAAGGCCUACAACAAGCAGCAGGAAGAAAUUGCUCACAUCAAGAAGUUCAUUGCUUCCGCUGGUACCUACGCCAACUUGGUCAGACAGGCCAAGUCCCGUCAGAAGAUCCUGGACAAGAUGGAGGCCGAUGGUUUCAUCCAGCCCGUCAUCCCCGACAGAGUCUUCAGCUUCCGCUUCGCCGAUGUCGAGAAGCUUCCUCCUCCCGUCCUGUCCUUCGACGACGUCUCUUUCUCUUACUCUGGCAAGUGGGAGGACACUCUCUACGAGCAUCUGGACUUCGGUGUCGACAUGGACUCCCGCACAGCCCUUGUCGGACCCAACGGUGUCGGAAAGUCCACUCUGCUGCGCAUCAUGACCGGCAAGCUGAGCCCCAUCGGCGGUCGUGUCUCCCGUCACACUCACUUGAAGCUGGGCAUGUACAGCCAGCACUCUGCUGAGCAGCUGGAUCUGACCAAGUCUGCCCUCGAGUUCGUCCGUGACAAGUUCCCCGAGAAGUCCCAGGACUACCAGUACUGGCGUCAGCAGCUGGGCCGUUACGGCCUCAGCGGUGAGGCCCAGACUGCCCUCAUGGGUACUCUGUCCGAAGGUCAGAAGUCUCGUAUCGUCUUCGCCCUGUUGGCCAUUGAGUCGCCCAACAUGAUCCUGCUGGACGAGCCUACCAACGGUCUGGAUAUCCCUACCAUUGACAGUUUGGCCGAUGCCAUCAACGCCUUCAGCGGUGGUGUUGUCGUCGUGUCCCACGACUUCCGUCUCCUCGACAAGAUCGCCAAGGACAUCAUGGUCUGCGAGAACAAGACCAUCACCCGCUGGGACGGUACUAUCGGCGAGUACAAGAACCACCUCCGCAAGAAGAUGAUUUCCGAGGGUGCUGUCUAA